AAAAAAGAAAGGCUAAAAGAAGCAUAAAGGAGCGGAACGAGGCAGGGAAGCACAGUCUGUCCAGCUUAAAAAAAAAUAAAAAUAAAUAAAUAAAAAGAGUGAUGGAGAGCAGCGGCGGAGCCACCGCGCCCAACUGGACUGAGAAGGUGGAAGACCUCGUUCACGGCGGAGAAGUCGACGAAGCUAUCGCUUUUCUUGAAUCCACAGUCUCCAAUCUCGUGGAGCAAUUCAAAAAUGAUAAAAAUGGCGGAAUGUCGCCCUCUUCCGUAGCUGAUCAGCUGGCCACUGCUCUUCAAGACCUCUCCAAACUUUAUUCCGCUCGAGGCUUCUCUCUAAGAGCCGAUCAAGCUUUCUCCCGCGCACUCCAAAUCAGUCACGCCAAAGGGGGUUCACUCAUUGAAACAGAGUCAGUUUCUGAUGUAUUUACAGAGGCUCGGGAUUCACGGAAUGAGGUUACCGCUGAUCAUAUUGCAGAGCAUGGCUAUGGUGAGAGUUCUUCAAACUUGAAAAGUGAUGACUUCCCACUGGAGGGUGAUGCUGAAGAUGACUGGGAAGCUAUAGCAGAUUGUGCCCCGGAGGAGUUGCUUUCCCCACAGUGUUUAUCAGGGGUAUCAAAACUUUCUCUGGAAGACUCAAAAGAAGACUCAAAAGCUCAAGCCACCAAGAGACGAGGAAGGGGAACAUUCUCUUACAAGAAGCAGGGUCUUUAUAGUGAUAGCCAGUCUGAUGAACCUUGUAUAGAUGACUCUGAAGAUGCUUCUUUGUGCCAAGAUGAGGACCUGGAAAAGAGAAACUCAAUGCAUGGUACUCGCCAUAUUCUUGUUCUAGCUGACUUCAAUCCAAGCACUAGGACAACUGACUUAGAGAAGUUGCUGGGAAGCUUCAAAGAUCGUUUUGUAAUUCGCUGGGUGAAUGACACAACUGCACUUGCUGUAUUUAGAACACCAUCUGUUGCUCUUGAGGCUCUUAAUUCCACCAGGUGCCCCUUUACAGUUCGUCUACUUGAUGAGGACGAAGAACUUUUCAGUAAAAUUCCACCAAAAGAUUUGGAGCCACCCCGUCAGCGGCCUCAGACAUCAGCAAGAACUGCUCAGAGAUUAAUUGCUCAGAGUAUGGGAAUAAGACUGCCCUCGUCGUUUGGAUCCAACGAGCUACGGAAGCAGGAAGAAGCCAGGAAAAAUCGGAUACUGUCGAGACAGAAUAUGCGAGAUGAUGCUUGGGGUGAUGAAGAUCCAAACUAGGUCCAAUUCUUUACAUUUUGAAUAGGUUGGAAUGGAUGAGUGCAACUGUUAAUUAGAAAAUUAAUAGCUCCAAUUGAUUGUGAAACAUUCACUCAGUUUUCUCAAAUGCAGUACAGGCAAAUUUUACAGAGGGUGCAAAGUGUUAGUGACAAUGAAAAGCUUCUAUGCCUAACCAUUUUAGGUUUGAUAUUA